AUGUUGCUCAAGAUAUGUUAUCUUUUGCUCGUUGUGAAUUGUUUCUGUUCUGCUGUUUGGGACCUCAACGAAGUGGAGAUAUACGGAGCUGGAAAGGCCCCAUUCUUCGAGAUACCAUGUAUGCGCAUAGGGGGUACAUGUGCUCAAUCUUUCGCCUGUCCUCCUGGGACGAAGGUGGGUCAGAGAGGCCUAUGUCCUGAACAGCAGCGCAUAGGCGUAGAAUGCUGCAGACCCCGUGAGUUCCUCUUCAUGUAUGCCUUUUUUGAAAUAAGAAGCAUGCAGUUUGGCAAGGGGGUAAUGGGAUGUCGAACUCAAAUGGGUGAAUGCAUCCCAUUGUCUGUCACAUGCCCAAGUUACUUGUUAUCAGAAGACGCCACUGGAUGUGGGUAUGACGAAAUAUGCUGCUUACGAAGGGGGAAAUCACGCCUUGAAAAAAAGCCGUAG